AAAGCAACAGAUGUAUUGGAAUCGCGGGAAAGGCUAGCGGAAUCCAUUGAACAUAAAUUGAUAAAAGCGUUGUGACGUAAAGCUCACCAUAUUUGGUUCUCGGAAUUAGAGUUUAGACAACAUAUUUACACCUAAAGGCAUUAAAAGUGUUUUAUUUGGUGAAGCUAAUUCAGGAAUAUGUUUUUGUAGUUGAAAACUGAAUUGUUACUUAAGUUGAUUAGUGAAAACAAUAGGAUCUCUACAUCAUUAUUCCACAACAAAAUGGUAGAGAAAUCGCACGUUUCAGUGAAGGAGUUGCCGAUUGGUUUACAAACAACACAUUUGAGUGUAUUCGCCAUCAUUGCCAUAUGUGCAGCUGCCAUGGUAACGCUUCUUCUUGUAACGGCCGUUGCUUAUAAAUGCUAUAGACGCCGUGUCAUGCGCAAUGCGCAGAACAGAUUAUCAUCUGCAAUAAAGAAAGGACUUAAAGAAAGUUCAACGGGAAAGCGAUCGUCCAGAAGCUCGUCUUCAUUAAAAGCUUCCAAAUCCACUAGUCCUAUCACCCCACCAGAGCAUCCAACUGGUCCCGGCGAGAAACUCUCGCCAGGAAGUUUUACCAUGCUUCCAGACAACAUGGAUUCUCCUAGACACAUUGGUGGAAAAACAGAAACGCAUCACCGCAUUGAAUAUGAAAAAGGAGGAGAAACGCCGGAAAAGGAAGAAAAAGAGAGAAUGAUUGAAGCUGAUGUCAAGGAGAAGCAGGAACCAAAAUACCUUGGUGCUUUGAACUUUUCGGUUGAGUAUGACGAGGAGCGCUCGGCGUUGCUUGUGAAUAUUAUGAGUCUAACGGACAUUCCACCACGAGACCCGAGCACGGGUGGCUGUGACCCGUACGUGAAGCUUCAACUUUUGCCCGAAAAGCGGCAUAAAUGUAAAACACGUGUACUGCGGAAAACUUUAAAUCCAGUCUAUGAUGAAACGUUCACUUUCUACGGAAUUGCAAAUAACCAAUUACAGGGCAUAACACUACAUUUUGUGAUUUUGAGCUUUGACCGGUUCUCGAGGGAUGCCAUCAUGGGAGAGGUCCUGUACCCGCUAGAAGUAGAAGAAGUGUGCAAGACAAGACUGACACUGUGUAAAGAAAUCACACCGAGGCAUUUGAAGUUCCGAGUUCAAGGCUGUGGGGAGUUGUUGGUGUCACUGUGUUACCAGCCAGCUGCAAACAGACUGACAGUGGUUGUACUGAAAGCAAGAAACCUUCCGAAAAUGGACCUCACCGGUCUAUCAGAUCCAUAUGUAAAGAUAUACCUGUUAUAUAAUGGACAGAGGAUCGCAAAGAAGAAGACGCACGUAAAAAAGCGCACAUUGAACCCGGUGUUCAAUGAAUCCUUCCUUUUUGAUGUGCCAUAUAACGAGGGAUUACAGAACAUAAGUCUUGAGUUUCUCGUGCUAGACUGGGAUAGGAUGACCAAAAAUGAGGUGGUUGGAAGGUUAGAGAUCGGAACAAGGACACGUGGGGCAGAAUAUCACCACUGGAAUGAGGUUAUGAACUGUCCGAGAAAACAGAUUGCCGAAUGGCACAAAUUAUCCGAGCAAUAGAAAGUGGAUUUUAUAAAUUUGCGAAUGUUAUGUCCUACUUUAAAUAUUCAUUGCCAUGACCGUUUCAACUCUCAUUCGUAAUCUAUAUCAGGUUAGUCUGUGCAUGUAAUAAAUAAGAUAUAUGAAUGCUAUAAUAUAUAACUGAGCGGAGAAGGGUGCUAUCAUAUCUUGCUGGAUAUUGUUACAGCUGCCAAUUAGUGAUGAACAUACAUAAUAUAGAUUGCAACAGAUGUGUAUAUAUAUUUGGUUCCGUCUUGAGUUAUAUCGAAGUGUUUUCGCAUAUGUGACAAAUGCGUAAUUCGUCACGUUGCAAAUGACCACCUUACGGUAGUAAAGACGACAUUUUGAUGAAACGUUUAUAUAAACAGUGUCGUUAUCUUUAAUAAGUUUUGAUAUUUUUCCUUUAUAGAUAUUGAUAUUCUGAACAGGGUUUCAGCUUAAGCAAUAUCAACAGGGGGAAACAUGGUACUGGAUGAUCAUUUUGACCACGAAGACUCACAUCAAAAGAUGUCUAAUUUACAUCGUGCAUGUAUUUUCAAUUAUGCUCGGUUAGAAUUGAUUGUCUUUUUAAAAUUUUUAUUUUAUCAUCUUAUACAGAAUCUGUUUGAAUAUGCUGUAUACAUCAGUCCAAGUAUUGUUUUCCUAGAAGCAAACAUAGUUGUUUUACAUUGAAAUAGAAAGCACUAUUUUCUUAGCUUUAAUUUUUAACAGUUAACUUCUAACCGUGUGAAAAGUGAAGGUUUGUAAGGGAGAUUUAUAUAUAUUGACCCCCGUGAAUGUAAGCAUAUAUCUCUACAUUAAACUGGUGAAACUGAGUGACGUCUGUGUAACAAGUAAAGUGAAAUCAUUAUGUUGUUGACAAAAACAUAUAAUUAUUCAUCUUUAGUUUACUCUGUCUAAGUACCAUUGUAACAAAAUUAAAAAUGUAUGGUAAACAAUAUUCAGGUACGAAUGGCAUCAAUAUUAUGAUGAGCGGGGGCUUGAACUCACCACCGGUUUCGUAGUUGGACAGUGUUACCACUGUUCCACUGUGUCCCGACUCUCGAGCUAAUUUCAAUUGCAUAUAUUACUUAAAUUUGAUACUAGCUAGGAGCAACUUAUAUAUAUAUAUAUAUGGAGGAUGUCCACUGGAGUAAUUCAUUUUGAUAUAUUCGAACUGAAUUUUCUAUUCAAAGUUUUCUUGAAAAGAAUGCUUCAGACACUUUUUAAUUACAUCAUAUCAUUUUAAUGUUGAUAUUUAAGAAGACACAAACGUUUUAUGUUAUAUUUGUUUAUUCUUCUGUUAUGUUAAGUAAACAUUAACAUUCAAGUUUAGAUCCGCAAAGACUUUGAAGUACAGUCUAGGUUGGUCCAGGAAGUUGCUUCGAGCAAAGAAACGAACUGUGGAAGUAUCAAGGUCAAGGUCGACAUUUUGUGAUGUAUCAGUAAAAUGUUACAGUUAAAUAAAAUAAACAGAAAAGAUGCGCACAUUCUAAAACAUCAGUAGUUGUAAAUCUUUUCGAGCUACUUGUAAAUGCUUACUUGUGAAUAAUAUAUAUAUGAUAUUCUUUGAGGAAAAUUACAUAAAUAUGAAAUAAAAUGAUGAAUGUUAUUUGUGUCUUUCUGAAAUAAAGUUACACCAGAUAUACUUCUAAAAGCUUUUGUCCUUUUAUU